AUGUCAUCAUCUUCAUCUUCAAUCGGUGGCCUGCCCUUCGCGCAGGAGCGUCAAGCCGCGCUGGAGGCCGUCGUGGGCGCGUGCCAGCUCGUGCGCCGCGUGCAGGAGAGCCUCGUCUCGCAGGAGACCCUCGAGAAGCGCGACCGCUCGCCCGUCACCGUGGCCGACUACGCCGCGCAGGUGCUCAUCGUCCACCACCUCACCCACCACUUUCCCGCCUACCCCUUCAUCGCCGAGGAGUCCAGCGGCGAGCUGCGCCGCGAGGGCAAGGAGGAGAUGCGCGCCCGGCUGCUCGACCACGUCCGCACCGUCGUGCCGUCGAUCCAGGACGAGGCCGCGCUGCUCGACGUCAUCGACCGCGGCGGCAGCGGCGUGACCAAGGCCAGGAAGGAGGAGGGCGAGGAGGCCAAGUCACCCUCGGGCCUCUGGUGGACGCUGGACCCCAUCGGUAUCUUCUGUGUUAUGCGGGAGCAGUACGCGAUUGCGCUGGCCCUGAUGCAGGACAACGAGCCCGUGCUCGGCGUGCUCGGCUGCCCGGCCCUGCCCCACGACAUCGCCGAUGCCUCAUCGCCUGUGGGCUGUGUGCUGGUGGCGGUGAAGGGACAGGGUUGCUUCAUGCGCUCCGCCAGCAAGGAGGCCGCGGAGGAGACCAAGGUCUCCGCGUCGAGCGUGACCGACAGCGCCCAGGCCAACUUCACCGAAAGCGUGGAGGCCUCGCACUCGUCGCACGACGUUAGCCAGCGCAUCGCGCAGAAGCUGGGCGUAACGGCCGCGCCGGUGCGCAUGGACAGCCAAUGCAAGUACGGGAUAGUGGCUCGAGGUGACGCUUCGAUCUAUCUCAGGCUGACCAGCUCGUCGUACGUGGAGAACAUCUGGGACCACGCCGCUGGCGUGGUGAUCGUCAAGGAGGCCGGCGGCGAGGUGACCGAUCUCGAGGGCAAGCCCUUGGACUGGUCUCACGGCAAGAAGCUCUCGCACAACAAGGGCGUGGUGGCUACGAACGGCAAACUCCAUCAGGCAGUGCUGGACGCCGUUCAGGCGGCCCUCCAUGAGAACAAGCUGUGA